AAAUAUUAAAUAUGCUUAUACCGGGCUCAACCAGUUUACGCUUUUUAUGCGUAAAUUGUGUUAAACAAUCCAGCUUUGCCCUGCAGACUUCUUUCUACUCCAAGGAUGUACGGAUACUGAACAAGAACGUCUGGAGCUCAUCAAAGUUUUCCUCCGCUACCAAAUUACAAAAUUCAAAUUUCCCGCCUAACUAUUUAUCCACCUCCAGCUUGCCGAUCUAUCUACCUAUCUUCUCCUUAUCGAACUAUCUACCUAUCUCUAAAAGAAGAAUGUCUACUGCUUCACCACCUGAGAACGGGAAAGAGAAGAUAUUAAGUGACGAGCCAGUGAAGAAGGACAACAUAAUUACAGUUCCUAAUAUUCUCUGUGUUUCAAGGAUUGUUACGGCUCCUGUCCUUUCCAGUCUUAUUGUUCAAGGAAACUUUGAAGCAGCCUGUGCACUGUUCAUGUUAGCCGGGUUUACCGAUCUUCUUGAUGGUUGGAUAGCUAGGAAUUUUAAGGGUCAAGCUUCAAGCUUGGGAAGCUUUUUGGAUCCUCUUGCUGAUAAGAUCCUUGUUUGUACCCUCUACCUCACCCUUACAUAUGUAAACAUUAUUCCUCCUUCUCUCACGGGGCUUAUAGUCUCUAGGGACCUCUUCCUAGUCUAUGCAGAGAAGAAAACCUGCAGUCACUGUAGUAUCUUCCAGUAUGGUUCUCCACUGAUUCAUCAAGACAACAAAAUAGGCUUGUUUGUGCACCAGAUUCUACAGUCUAUAAUAAUCAUUCAAACUGUAAGCGUAAUUUCAAAUGACUUUUCAUUUAGAGAGUGGCAUGACCAACUCACAACGAUGCCCUUAAAGCCUUUUUUUCACGGAUUUCGUAGAUAUUAUUCUUCUCUCUCCGCUAACUCAGCCGAGAACAAGACGUUGGCUAGCUUGGAUUGGUCCUGGUUCAGUUUCUCCGCACACGCUCUGAUGCUCUUGAAACUGCUUAGAUCCAUCUGUUCCACCAAUAUUUCUCCUCCUGCUCCUCUGAUAUCCUCAGCAGCAGCUUCGCCUCGUUCUAAACUCCUACACAGCAUUAUGACCUUGGCACCUCUUCUACUCAACUCCUUGGCGCACACCUUCCCUAUACCAGUAUUAGCUCCUGUUAUCACGACAACCUUGCCGUCUAACCGUUUCUUGGACAGACAUUUAGGCCCUUGCAUCCAAACUUUGAAGCAGAAAUAUUUUGAUGUUUCCCUUCCUACUGCUACAGUUCAACCUACAGCAAUCAGUAAAGUUAACACAGCUCUGCAGUUUCUACUAAUCUCUGUAUCUCUGGGUGCCCCUGUAUUUAACCUGGCAGGACACCCCUCUAUACAUUACCUCUGGGCUCUCACAGGAGCAACAACAUUUCUUUCAGCCGUCUCAUACGCUUUCAUGAAGAAUACUUACAAGUUCUCCCACAGACCGUAUGAUCACCAGUUUGGAAAGAAAUUAACAGCGUUCAUACUUUUUGUACUUUUUAAUAUUGGGUUCACACUCACCUUUCCUUCACAGGCUUUGAAGGCGGGGCCCACCAAGGAGUGUCCCAUCACUGGUCAGCUAUCUCAGGACUGCCCUGUCAUUGGUGCAACGGAUGAGAUUGAUAUUUACUCUGAGAAAUCCAACCAAUAUUACCUAAACAAGAUCAGACAGACCAGGGACUAAUCAAGGGAACAGUCUUUUUCUUCAGAUAGUUCAAACUCUUGCUUUUUGUUAAGAAUUGUACUUUAAUUAAGAAUUGUAAAUUGUAUUCAAUAUUUUUGAUAAUAAACCUUAAUGUUGAUAUAUUUAAACUUAAUAUUUUCAGA